AUCUUCCGGUGUGGGUUUGACAGUCCCGGACGUGUCUCCCGCUGCUGUGACGGUGUUGAAGCUAACGCUGCUAACACGGUUCAACUCUCCGGUACCGGAGACAUGUCCGCUGCCUCCGUCACCUCGUCCGGGGCCCGUCCCGCUCAGUGAGUCCGUGUUUAACCGUGGAGGAGACUUCCUGCGAGGGAAGAUGGACGCGCACCGGACCCAGGUGUUAGCGUUAGCCGGCUAGCAUGUCGUGUAGUCCUGCGUGAAAUGACCUGAUAGAAGCGACUCAGACUCCCAGAAUCCUCCACUCUCACACGCACGGAGGCGUCAUCGGUGUGAGCAUGCACUGUUAACCCGUUUCUCUAACUAGUCCCCCGGUUGACUUCACCUCCGCUAACUACCACUGUCCCUGUGUAUGGGAAACAGCGCCCCCUGUAGGCGAGCUCAUCGACCAUGGGAGGCUCCGUGUCCUGCUGCUCCUCGGGAGAAACUCCGAAGAUCUCCCGGAGGGAGGUGGAGCUAGAGGAGUGUCCCAUCACCACCGCCGAGGACGUGAGUGAGGACACCGGGACGUACCUGCAGCACAUCAGUGACCGGGAGCUUCCGGACGAACUGGCCCACGAGUCGAACCCGUCAGAUCAUCCCAGAGCCAGCACGCUGUUCCUCAACAAGUCGCAGACGGACGUGCGGGAGAAAAGGAAAAGCAACUACUUGAAUCAUAUGUCUCCCGGGCUCCUGACGAAGAAGUACAGCUCCUGCUCCACGAUAUUCAUCGACGACAGCACCGUCAGCCAGCCCAACCUCAAGAGCACCAUCAAGUGCGUCGCUCUGGCCAUUUACUAUCAUAUAAAGAACAGAGACUCAAACCGCUCGCUGGAAAUAUUCGACGAGAAGAAGCACCCUCUGUCGAGAGAAAAGGUCCCAGACGACUACUCUGUGGUCGACCCCGAGCACAAACUCAUCUACCGCUUCAUCCGGACGCUCUUCAGCUCGGCGCAGCUCACCGCCGAGUGUGCCAUCGUCACUCUGGUGUACCUGGAAAGGCUGCUGACCUACGCUGAGAUGGACAUCUGUCCCUGUAACUGGAAGAGGAUUGUUCUCGGCGCCAUCCUGCUCGCCUCCAAGGUCUGGGACGACCAGGCCGUGUGGAACGUGGACUACUGCCAGAUCCUCAAAGAUAUCACGGUGGAGGACAUGAACGAGAUGGAGCGUCACUUCCUGGAGCUGCUCCAGUUCAACAUCAACGUCCCGGCCAGCGUCUACGCCAAGUAUUACUUUGACCUGCGCUCGCUGGCUGACGAAAACAACCUCAGCUUCCCGCUGGAGCCGCUCAGCAACAAACGUGCCCAGAAGCUGGAGGCGAUCUCCAGGCUGUGUGAGGACAAGUACAAGGACAUGUGUAAAAACACCAUGAGGAGGGCCGUCAGCGCCGACAACCUGAUCGGCGUCAAGAAAUCCAACGCUGUGCUCUCCUAAGACUGCAGCGGCCAUCUUCCCCGUGGCGAGGAGGAGGGGGAGCAACGGGAAGCGACGCUGCGCUCGAGAGACGUUUCCAAAAGUACGUUUUCAUGUGAGCAGCUGAAAAGUUCCAUCGCAAAAAUGUUAGAUGUGGAUUUUGAAGAAGAGCAACAAAAAAAAAAAGUUUACCACACAGUAUCUAAAAUAUUAGGAACUUCAGGUUCUCCGUUUAAAGCAUGGUAAUCCGAAGAAUCUUUUUAUUUCGAAUUGUGGACAUUAAACGUUGGAAGGAAUCAGCACGAACACGUUUCCAGACGCCACAACUCCAGGACCUCGUCGUCUUUUUUCUUCCUCUCUUUUUCCCCCCCCAUCACUCACUCAGUCGUUCGGGGAGUUUCUUCUUCUGCGGCUCCGUUGCCUCAUCGCUCAACAAGCCGCGUCCUCUCUCUCCGUUAACCAGGCGAUGGCGACACGUCGUGAACUACCCUGUGGUGUAGUUCUGCACACGGACAAAGAGUAUUUGUUUUGCUUACUAUGUAGGCUCCUAUAGCUGUGAAAUGUACGACUUUAUUUAAUUCAAAAAUAAAUCUCAGUCGCUGUUUAAAAAUC